CAUAUUGUUACUUUUUAUCCUUCUUUGUGUUUUCCUCUUCUUCAUUUUGAAACCCAGCCUCUUUCCAUGGAGCAAAGCUUUCACCGAUCUCUUUCUCAUCACGUUUUCCAGUAACCAGGUUUCUUUGUCAUCGUGUUUUCCAAGAGUAUAUAUGCAAAGCAAACAUCUUUUUGGGUUUUCGUUAGGCAAGAGGAACCAAGGUUUAUUACCACUCGUUUGUGGUGCGGAUCACCGUUUUCAUCCCGUUUCAUGUGAUUGCGGACAAUUGAAACUCUCCAAGUCAUCAAUUCUGGUGGUUGGAUCAAGGGGUUUGGGAUCACCUGUAGCACUAUAUCUUACUGCUUGUGGUGCUGGGUACAGGAAAGCUAUGGAGAACACGACGAUAUCAUUUAGGUGAAAAGAAGAAGAAAGCAGUCCAGAACUUCAUGCGGCCCCAAUACAGCCCAUAUGGAGGCCGUAUGCUGGCCGUAUGCACCCCCGCAUGAAGCAAAAACUAGGUUUUGAGUGGCAUUCGGCCCCCAUAUGGCCCGUAUGCUGUGAAGGUUAUAAAUCCAAAUUUCUAUGGCAGAAUGAUGAACUUUUUGGACAGAUUUGGAGAGGGCUUCUUGGAGACUUCUUGGGAGACCUUGGGUAACCUUGGUAUGAAGAAGAAGGGCAAGGAAAUGAGGAGAUCAUCCAAGGGCAAUGUCAAGGGCUCUCAAGGCAUGAAGACAUCAUUAUUCAGAGGGGAACUCAACAACUAUUUGAAGGAAGGAGACCUACGGCUAGAGGAAGCGUCAUUCAUCAUUCUUUUGGCGGGGGAAGCAUCAUUCAACACAUUUUCUACCUCUUCCUUCACCAUUUUAUCUAGGGAGUGUCAUUUAUGAGUUUGCUUUGUGUUUUACUUGGCUUUGUUGCUUGUCAUGGUAUGAUGACACACUAGACCUCCAAGACCACUGGAUGUCAGUGAACCUUGGUGGGUUUUAUCAUGUAUUUUGGAUGAUUUUUUGUUAAUUCCAUG